AUGGGUCAGCAAUGGUGGCGGAUCGGCGCGUUGCUUUUUAUCACGGCGUACGUCAUCGACGGUUCGCAAGCCGACUUCUCGUACGAGGACCCGGACCACUGGGCGGACACAGAUCCGGAUUGUGGUGGAUCGCGCCAAAGCCCAAUCGACAUCGUGCGGGCCGAUGCGACGCCUCCAUCGCUUGAACAUGCUGUACCAUUGCUGCUAGAUGGCGGCUCCCGUAAGCCGGUCUCGAUAAGCGUGACCAACAACGGCCACACGGCGCAGUACACGUUCGUCUGGAGCAAGGACAGCGAGCGGCCAACCCUUGCCGGUGGUCCACUGCCGCUCGGGGAACCCUACGUGCUCGAACAGCUGCACUUCCACUGGGGUGCCGAUAAUGGGCGCGGAUCAGAGCACACGUUCGAUGGCCAGGCGCACUCGCUUGAGGCGCAUUUCGUGUUCUUCAAGCACGCGUACGGUUCCUUCGAGCGAGCACUCGCCCACCCGGACGGGUUGACCGUGCUUGGAGCCGUGUACGAUGCUCAGAGCGAAAAGGUUCAACCUGGUGCAAAGUGGGCCCGGCCACUGCCCAAGAUCCGCCCAGCUGGGACAACGAUCACGCUCGAGGGUCGCGAAGUAUUCGCUCUCGAUUCGGUGGCCGGUGGCGAUUGGAGUCGGUAUUUCUCGUACCCAGGCAGUUUGACAACGCCACCGUGCUCGGAGAGUGUCAUCUGGAUCGUGCGGGAUGGCACAUUCCCAGUCGCGCAGAAGGACUUAGAAGAGCUGCGCAAUCUGCUCGAAUCGAGCGGUCAACCGUUGGUUGACAACUUCCGCCCGGUGCAACCACUAAAUGGGCGCACCGUUGAGCAUUACGGGCUUUAG